AAGGCUCCUGUGUUGUGUUCUGAGGGUGUAGACCUCUCUGUGACUGAGAUACUGUGACCCCAUGUAACCGCUUUGAGUUCUGGCUUUAGGGUAUUAACUGAGGCAGUCUCACUUUGUCAGCUCAUUUUCAUAAUUUACUUAGAGACAGGGUCUGCCUGUGUAGCUCUGGCUGUUGGGGAACUUGCUAUAUAGACUGGGCUGGCUUCAGAUUCUCAGAGAUCCACCUGCCUCUCCGGGGCACUGGGAUUAAAGGUGCUUGCCACCAUGCUGGGCUUUUGUAACUUUUAUAGUCUGUGUGCAUCUUGAUGAUGGCUGAAACAGCAGAAUUGUAACAAUUCUAAAACUUGACCUCUUGUUGUAUUUAUUUUUGAGACUGUCUUUUAUGUUGAUAAGGCUUACUUUGAACUCACCAUGUAUCUCAGUCUGGCUGGCCUGUCAUAGCCAUUCCCCAUUUAAACUUGGCUUUUAUAUUUUGGUGAGCAGAGCUCUGGCUUAACCUCUCUUUCCUGGUUGAAAUUCUACUCACUCAGUAAGUGUAUCGGCUGGGAAAUAUGCUAAUGAUUUAAUUAACAAACAUGUUCAGCAGGAUGCAUUAUGGAUUAGUUAAAGAGUUUGGAAGUCCCUUGUCUUCACAUUGCCGGGAUCAGCAUCUUGCUCAACUGAGCCACUCAGCCAAUGGAGACAGAGAGAAGUAGUGCCCUGUUGCUGACUCCCGUCUGAAUCACAGCACGGGGCAGCCAGGAUACUGUGCUUGUGCAAAGACCCAUCAUCUCCAUCACUGAGCUUUCCCCAGACUCCGGAAUACACUCUCCCUCUGAACUUUAGUUACAAGCCCAGAGCUCCUGGAGGUUUGCGUGACGUCUCACAAGUGGCCUUAUUCUGACUCCAGAGAGUCCCCAGUAGAAGGCUGGAUUGUCCCUUCCUACCUGACCCUGAAGGGACAGGCACCAUGCCAACUCAGUCCCUCCUCAUGUACAUGGAUGGACCAGAAGUCAUUGGUAGCUCUCUGGGUACCCAGAUGGAGGUGGAUGAUGCUGUGUCCAUCAAAGGGCCAGCUGCCGUCCCCUUCCGAGCUGCUCCGGAGAGGAGCAUGACCCCAGCUGAAGGGCACAUGCCCCUGGACUGCAUGUUCUGCAGCCAGGCCUUCUCGCACGCAGAGGACCUCAAUCAACAUGUGCUCACGCAGCACCGGCCCACCCUCUGCGAGCCUGCCGUCCUGCGGGUGGAGGCCGAGUAUCUAAGUCCUCUCGACAAAGGUCAGGUGCCAGCAGAACCACCCAAGGAGAAGAACUGCAAAGAGAACGAGGAGUUGAGCUGCGAUGUGUGUGGGCAGACAUUCCCAGGGGCUUUUGAUGUUGAGAGCCACAUGAAGAAACACAAGGACUCCUUCACAUACGGGUGCAGCAUGUGCGGGAGAAGGUUCAAGGAGCCGUGGUUCCUGAAGAACCACAUGCGGACACACAAUGGCAAGUCUGGCACCAGGAGCAAGUUGCAGCAGAGCCUGGAGAGCCCUGUCACCAUCAAUGAAGUUGUGCAGGCACACGUAGCUGGGAGUGUCUCCACUCCCUACAAGAUCUGCAUGGUGUGUGGCUUCCUCUUCCCAAACAAGCAGAGCCUCAUUGAGCACAGUAAGGUUCACGCCAAAGAAACUGCCUCCAGUGCCACCAGCACAACCCCUGAUGCUCAGCAAGAGGAGGGACCCAUGCCCCCGAGGGAAGAGCUGCUUCAGUUUCUAAACUUGAGGCCCGUAUCUCACCUGGAGACUACAGCAAAGCCCAUCACCUGUAUACCUCAGCUUGACCCAUUCACCACCUACCAGGCAUGGCAGCUGGCCACCAAAGGAAAAGUGGCCAUUGCCCAAGAAGAGGUGAAAGAGUCAGGCCAAGAAGGAAGCACGGACAAUGACGAUUCGUGUUCAGAGAAAGAGGAACUUGGAGAAAUUUGGAUUGGGAAUAAGUCGGAAGGUUCUGGAAAGUCCAAAACAAAUAGAAGCAGUUGUCCAGGUCUCUCCCAAGACAAAGAGAAGCCUAGACAUGCCAACAGUGAAGUGCCUUCUGGAGAUGGAGAUCCCAAGGUGCCCAGCAGCAAGGAGAAGCCCACACACUGCUCUGAGUGCAGUAAAGCCUUCAGGACCUACCACCAGCUUGUUCUACACUCCAGGGUGCACAAGAAGGACAGGAGGGCCGAUGCCCCAUCACCCACCAUGUCUGUGGACGGAAGGCAGCCUGGGACUUGCUCCCCAGACCUUGCUACCACUCUGGAAGACAGUGGGACUGUGGACCGAGAAGGGGGCUCUGAAGACGGGUCUGAGGAUGGCCUCCCUGAAGGGCUCCAUUUGGAUAAAAAUGAUGAUGGAGGAAAAGCAAAGCCCCUCACGUCCUCGAGAGAGUGUAGUUACUGUGGCAAGUUUUUCCGUUCAAACUAUUACCUCAAUAUUCAUCUCAGAACGCAUACAGGUGAAAAACCGUACAAAUGUGAAUUCUGUGAGUAUGCCGCAGCCCAGAAGACAUCUCUGAGAUACCACUUAGAGAGACAUCACAAGGACAAGCAGCUGGUGGACGCUGCGGCUGAGGUCAAAAGCGAAGGCCGGAGCCAGGAGCCCCAGGAAGCACUACUAACUGCCGACAGUGUGCAGACCAAAAAUUUAAAGCGCUUUCUUGAUGGUGCCAAAGAUGUUAAGGGCAACCCAUCUGCCAAGCAGCUUAAGGAGAUGCCGUCUGUUUUCCAGAGUGUUUUGGGCAGCACUGUCCUCUCACCAGCACACAAGGAUACUCAGGAUUUCCAUAAACAUACAGCCGAUGAUGGCGAGAAAGUGCGAAAGAGUCCUGCCCCUGCUUAUCUGGACAUGACGAAAAAGAGAGCAGCAGGCGAGCCUCAGGCCAGCAGCCCUGCCUGCAAACUAGAGGGGGCUGGGCCCCUGGCACGGGAAGCUGCCCAUAGGGAGAAGAUGGAGUGGGAGGCUGACUGCAAAUACAAGCCUGGUGCUGACUGCCAGGACAGUCCUUUGAAUCUGUCCCUUGGGCCACUCCACGCCUCUCCUGCCAUCACCCUUAACAAGUGUCUCAUUCCUAGCAUCUCCUGCCCCUUUUGUACUUUUAAGACCUUUUAUCCAGAAGUUCUGCUGAUGCACCAGAGACUGGAGCACAGGUGGCACCCUGACACCCCCAAGAACUGUGGCAAGUCAGUGUCCAGGAGCCGGCGGACAGGCUGUCCUCCUGCCUUGCUGGGCAAAGAUGUGCCUCCCUUGUCUGGCCCGCACAAGCCAAAGGUCAAGCCUGCUUUCUCAUCACAGGCCAAGUCCCUGCACCCAGAGAAGGUCCGACAGGGCUCCUCGGGGCCAGGCAAAGCUCCCCAGACAUCAGGGCCAGACAGCAGCACUUUAGCCCCAAGUAACCUGAAGUCACACAGGUCACAGCCUAGUACCGGGGGUCCUGGGGCCACCAGGCAGCAGCAGUCAGAUCUGUUUCCCAAAGGUGGCAGUGUCUCUGCUGCUGCAGAUAAGGUGAAGAGACCCGAGCCGAAGCUCAAGGCCCCGCCAACUGCCCCAUCUCAGUCCCCCCUCGGCAGUAGUAAUGGCAAUGGCUCCAUCGAGUAUUCUGUGAAGGUUGAUGGCCCGUGGGUGCCACAAGGGAGAGACUACUACUGCCAUCGGAAUGCUGGCAGUGCCACAGCAGAAUUCACUGAACCACAUCCUAAAAGACUCAAAUCCAGUGUGAUGGCCCUGGACACAGAACAUUCUGGGCCCAACGGCAGGAGGGGCUUUGAGCUCCCCAAGUACCACGUGGCCAGGAGUAUCACCUCGCUGUUACCAUCAGAGUGUGUGCGCCCAUCACCUGUGCUGCUCCCCAAAGCCCGCUUCCUGAGCCCUGGGGAGGUGGAGUCGCCCAGUGUGUUGACUGUGCAGAAGCCCUACAGCACCUCUGGACCUCUGUAUAACUGUGGACCUGUGGGGCACGCAGGAGCCAGCCCGACCCUUGAAGGAAAGAGGCCUGUGUCGUAUCAGCAGCUAUCCAGCAGCAUGCUGCAGAAGAGAAGCUAUGAGAAUUGUAUUGGAAAUACACAUCAUCGACCAAAUGACAAAAAAACUUGAUUUCUGAUUUUUUGGGAAAAAGGUCUCGCCGAUGCAAGUACACAAUUCCCACGGAAUCACACUUUGGUUCAUCUUGUGCAAGCGCGUGGUGAGAGCUACUGAAGAAGCUGUGACUGAAUUGUACAUAGACUCCAAGAGCAGAGAAGGAACACUACAUUCUCUAAAGUUCUGUUAACUUUUGUACCAAAUAGCAAUAAAAACUAGUGGGAGCAGUUGGGCUAUACACAAAUGGGACUACAAAUUUACUUUGUCCCUAAAUAUUUUUUUAAAGAAUUGACCAAAUAUGUUUUUGCAUACUUGAGCGCUGCUGAAAAGAAAUCAUUGGGGGUAGGGUGGGGUGGGGAGGGGACCGACGUAAUGCUCGCACCUCAGGUAAUUGUAAAUACCUAUGUUGUAAACUUGCUUAAGUACUGUGUGUAUUUCUUUCCCUCAUGGAGCUCAAUGAUUUGAGCAGUUUGUGCUUCUUUAUGCUUUUUCAUUGAAAGUGUGUUUUAAAGCAAAUUCUCUUUGCUCUGUAUUAUGUUGAGUCCUCCACAGUCUCUUGUUUGUCUGAACACAGUUGUUGAUGGAAGUGUCAGCAUCUGAAGGUGCCCUGUGCGUCUUGAGGUCAGCAGCACUGCACCUGGCACCUUUCAUCAGCUGUUGUGAGCUAGUCAACGAGGAGGAUAGAGAGACAGCAUUGUCUUCCUGUGUCAGCAGGUUGUUCUGGAACCCUAGCAUCCUGCCUCAGGGUGGCCUGUGGUGCUUAUGAGCGAGCGAGUGAGCGAGCCUACAGAGAAGCCAUCACUCUGUAGAGUGACAGAUGUUGAGUGGACGAGCCAGGCUUCAUAGGGAGCUAUCUCAGUUCUUCAUGUCUGUUGUAAGAUUCAGUUUCUUGGAGAGUUGUCUGAGUUAAGUCUAGAUAAAUAUGCCAAAUUUCCUUGUGUGAAUUGCAUGCUGGGAAGCAAUUUUAAAGGGAGUGAAAGGUUUGGGGAAAUCUUUUAGUUUGUAUCUGGAGUCCUGGUGUGUCUGAUGUGAAGUGGUGAGGAACUGCUGGCUGAGUGAGCCUCCCGGGAGGCAGGGAGAGAGAAGCUGCUGCACAAGCCCCUUGUCUCUCUCCCAGUUUGGUUUCACAGCCAGGGCGAUUGCUUCAGCAGUGCCCAGGCAGUUUGGGAUUGAGGGAUGACAGCCACCAGCUGGUUCACUCAGCAUUUUAAACUUGAGUUCCUUUGAUGCCUUGAGUUUAUUCAACAGUUCAUGGGUUUAGCAAACCCAGAAUCUUUUAUUAAGAAACUGUUUGAGAAGUUUGCACUGCUCGGUCUCCUUGCCCUGCCCCUCUUGGUAGGACAAAAGGGUGAAGAGCUCAAAGACCCCAACGGCUCCCCACUUUGAUUGUGUGACAUGGGGGUCCUUAGGAGGCCUAUGUGAGGUCCCUAAGGAGACCGUAUGUACCUCCUGUGUUGAAGGGAGAGCUGGGUUGAGACGUGUCUGCUCUUGCAGACAGUGUGUUUGUAUCAGGAACCGUGUACACUAGGCCCUGUUCCCGUCCACAAGCUGAGCCAUAUGUACAUAAUCUAGACUGUUUUGUUAGGUUCUGCACUUUUAUAGCCUAUUUUUGAAGAUUAACACAUUUGCAAGAUGAUUGACUCAAUCUUUGCCUAAAUCCAGCGAGUGUACAGGAAGCUCGCAGAGAUGGUAAAUGUAAGUCUUGGGGGUAUAUACAGUAGGGAGCAAGAUUAAACCUGUAUUAAAAAAAUCACCAAAUCUAUUAGAAAACAAGUCAACGGUGUGAUGUUGAAAUUUUGGGGGCUUUCAGAUUUCUCUAGUUAAAUUUUCUGAAUGCAUAAAAAUUCCAGGUUUUUUUGUUUUGUUUUUAAACAGCCCUUUGUACUUCACAGUGUGUUCUUGCCAUCAGUAUUAACUCUUGGGAUACUACUGGCUUUGUGUGUCUUCCCUUUGAGGCAACAGUACAUGUGAUAGAGGUACAAUUCGUUGGAUUUUUGUUAAUGUAUUUAUUUCAUUCCAGUUUGAUUUAUUUUAAUUGUUGACACUUAAGUUGUCAGACUGUAGACAUGCUUUAUUUAUGAUAUAUUUCAGCUUAAAGUUAUGUUAUUAUAUGUGGAUGUAAAUAUAGAUUUGGUGUUUUACA